AUGGCGUCCCGUCGCCUCUUGCUGUCCACGCCCUGGCGAGCAGCAUCGUCUGGCGCGCUGCGCACCGCCAAUGGCAGCCAGUCUGCCUGCCCCGCGUCCGUCUCGGCCCUCCGCCAUAGCUCCACGAGCAGCUCAACCUCUGCUAUUGCCUACAAGGCCCUCCGCCGUCGACAGGCUCCGCUACCCACCAGCGAUGCCCCGUCGUCCUGGUCGGCCCAGUCAGCCGUCUCCAACAUCCUCUACGAGACGCCCAUGCCGUCGAUGGCCCCGGCCAAGCGCCACAUCCUCAACUGUCUCGUCCAGAACGAGCCAGGUGUGCUGUCACGUGUGUCUGGCAUUUUGGCCGCUCGCGGCUUCAACAUCGACUCCCUCGUCGUCUGCAGCACCGAGGUCGUCGACUUGUCCCGCAUGACCAUUGUUCUCACCGGCCAGGACGGCGUGGUGGAGCAGGCCCGCCGCCAGCUCGAGGACCUGGUGCCCGUCUGGGCUGUCCUGGACUACACCAGCGCUGCGCUUGUCCAGCGAGAGCUCCUGCUGGCCAAGAUCAACAUCCUCGGCCCCGAGUACUUUGAGGAGCUUCUCGCCCAUCACCGCGAGAUAACCGCUGGUGGUCCUGAGGACGAGGCCGUCGCCGAAGCGAGCCUCGAACAGAUUAGCCAAGACUUUCAUCCGAGCCACCUGGCCGCCAGCCAGGCUCUCCGCCACAAACACGAGCAUCUCAAGAGCAUCACCUACUUUACUCACCAGUUCGGCGGCAAGGUCCUCGACAUCAGCACUAACAGCUGCAUUGUCGAAGUCUCCGCGAAGCCAACGCGGAUCGACUCGUUCCUCAAGCUCAUUGCUCCCUUUGGCAUCCUUGAGUCGGCUCGGACGGGCCUGAUGGCUCUGCCACGCUCACCCCUCUACGGCCCAGACGAGGGCAGCCCGGCGAAGGAGGCAGACGAGGUUGUGGACGCGACCAUGCUCCCGCCCGGUUAA